AUGUUCACGUCUCUCUCAGCUCCUUCCUCGCUUCCUUCUUCAUUGGCUUUCUCUUUAGUCUCCGUUAAAUCUCAUCCGGCCGCCGGACAUAUUGUUCCCCGUCGUGAUCUCGUCUCUCUGCGCAUCAGAGCUAGCAAGAAUGGUUCUUCGGAUUACUGCUUUCACGAAAAGCUCAAAUCUUUUGCCAAAUCGGCGAUUCUGAUCGGAGCUGCUGUUUCCAUGACCGGAAAGCUCUCAACUUUACCGGCGAAAGCAGGGUAUCCGGUCACGACCACCGUGGAAGUGAAAGAAGAGAAAAAUUCGUCUGAGAUCGAACCCACUUCGCCAUUAACCGAGCUUCUAGAAUCCACUCCAGAGGCGGUCAAAACGCUGAGAUCACUGCUUCAGCAGAAGCUAGAGAACGGAGAAGACGAAGAAGCUCUCAAGCUCUUAGAGAAGCUCGUAACCGCACAGCCAGAGGAAACAGAGUGGAAGUUUUUAAUGGCGAGGCUAUUGGGUGAAAUGGGUCGUACCGAAAACGCACGCCAAGUGUUCGAGGAAAUUCUCCAACGAAACCCACUCUCGUUCGAGGCCUUGUUCGAGAACGCGUUGCUCAUGGACAGGUCCGGGGAAGGAGACGCGGUGCUGCAGAGGCUGGAAGACGCGUUGGCUGUAGCUGAAGCUGAGAAUAUGGUGAAGGAGAUUAGAGACGUGAGGCUGAUCAUUGCGCAGAUACAGUUCUUGCAGAAGAAUGUGGAUGAAGCGUUGAAGAGCUACGAGCAGCUGACGAGAGAGGAUCCUAAGGAUUUCAGACCGUAUUUCUGUCGAGGUAUGAUUUAUAGCUUGCUUGACAAGAAUGCUGAAGCCAAGGAGCAGUUUGCGAAGUAUAGAGAGCUUUCGCCAAAGAAGUUUGAAGUUGAAGGGUAUUUGAGGACGCCAUUGUCUAAGAUGAAGCUCUUUGGUAGUGGUGAAGAUAAUUGA